ACGCACAGACCGGACAGUCCACGCACGGAUUUCCACAGUGAGACUUUACACCGGAUGGGAAGAGGGAAGAGUUUCGCAGAAGAAGAGGAAAAUUAGAAAAAAAAAAAGCAUAAAAGAAGAAGGAAAAGUGACAGGAAAACUAUAAAGAAAAGGAAGAGGAACAAGUGGUUUCCAACUGGAAAUUAUCCACUAAACCCACUCCCACCUCCUCCAUGUCGCUCCCCGGUUCUCCUCCGCUCCUCUCUCCGGGUUCGGGAGCACAAACUCCCGUCGGGCUCUACCGCUCAGCCCCAGAGGGUCUGCACACCUCCUCGGCCGUCUCCACCAGCACCUCCAGCCCGGCGCACAUCAACUCCCACUCUCUGUCCCCGUCCCCGCGGCUCACCAGCAGCAUGCUCAGCGCCUUCCUGCCCGGACCAGGCGGCACCCUGGGCUCCCUCAGCGGACACGGUUCGCUGAGCGCGGCCGGUCUGACCCCCGGCUCCCCGAGCUUGGUGCAGACCUCCUCCGGACCGGCUCUGUGUAGCGAGUGCAAACUGGUGGAGGUGCACGGCGUGAAGGUGGCCAGCUUCAACGUGGAUGGCCAGGAGCUGAUCUGCCUGCCGCAGGUGUUCGACCUCUUCCUGAAGCACCUGGUGGGCGGGCUGCAUACGGUCUACACCAAGCUGAAGAGGCUGGACAUCACGCCGGUGGUCUGCACCGUGGAGCAGGUGCGCGUCCUGCGGGGGCUCGGCGCCAUCCAGCCCGGGGUGAACCGCUGUAAGCUCAUCUCUAGAAAGGACUUCGAGACGCUGUACCAGGACUGCACCAGCGCCAGCUCCCGUCCCGGCCGUCCUCCCAAACGAUGCUCUGGUGCAGGGAUGCAGGAAAGCCCCCGGCUGUUGCACCCGGGGCUCCCCGGCUUGUUGUCCCCCAACCUGCUGUCCCACACUGGCCUGACCGCAGCAGCCAUGGCCGAGCUGCAGAAGCUGCAGAAGAUGAAGAUGAUGAUGAGUCUCCAGAAUGGCAAUGAGUCCGACAACGAUGACCUGCACUCCAACACAGGAGGGAGUGAGUGUUCCUGGGAUAAAGAGCGUCUGACCAGCCCCCCUGCUGGAGCCCACAGCGGAGGAGGAGGAGGUGGUGGUGGAGCCCCGGCUGUGGGAGGAGGAGCUGGAGGAGGAGGAGGUGGUGCAGCGGGAGGUCCUGGGAGGGGGUCCACCUUAGGAGCCGUCAGUCAGCAGCAGCUCCAGCAGCAGCAACAGCAGCAGCUACUGGCCAACAGGUUGGACCUGCCUUUCAUGAUGAUGCCCCACCCUCUGCUGCCCAUGGGUUUGCCUCCUGCCUCUGUGGCCAUGGCCAUGUCUCAGAUGAACCAUCUCAACACCAUCGCAAAUAUGGCCGCAGCCGCCCAGCAGAUACACACCCAUGUUCACCGGGCACCUGUCAUCAAGGAAAGAGUGUGUGACAGCCCCUCUCUAUCUCCAUCUGUGGAUGAAACCAACACUCCUCUGCAGUCGCAGCCCAGCAGCUCAGCCUCCAGCUCGCCUGAAAGACUCGGAUUGGUGUCAGGUGAUGCUGAUGUUGCACUGACCAACUCUGCUGCACCCAUCAAGAAAAUAACAAAGGACAAAGAAGAGUCUCCGCUGGGUCAGACCCUGCCUCCUGGUUUUCCUGCUCCGUUCCUGUUUGCUGACGGCCUGUCGUCAGUGGAGACUCUGCUCACCAACAUACAGGGCCUGCUGAAGGUGGCCGUGGAGAACGCCCGAGCGCAGGACAAACAGAUCCAGGCUGAGAAGAGGGAGCUGAAGAUGGAGCUCUACAGAGAACGAGAGAUGCGUGAGAGUCUGGAACGACAGCUCAACUCCGAGCUACAAAGCAGAGCUUCGAUCCAAAAACGACUGAAGAAGGAGAAGAAAGCAAAGAGAAAGCUACAGGAAGCGCUGGAGUUUGAAUCCAAGAGGAGGGAGAGAGUCGAGGAUGCUCUCAAACACUCGUCCUCUUCCUCUCCAUCUCCUGAGCCUCUUCAUGCCACCAACAACAACUCCAAGAACGACGCUGCUGUAGCCGAGGACAAACCUGAACUUAAUGGAAACCAGCAAGACAACGGUGCUGUACAAGAGUCGCGGCCGUUCCUGAAAACCCCCAUGAUGUUCUAGAACCAUAACGGCACGUCUCGUGAACCUACUCACCUCCCCUUCCUGUACAAACUCCAACAGAAAUACAGCAUCCACUGGAUUAUAUCACUGCGACAGCAUCCCCCCGGAUGGGACUUUUUUUCACUUGGCUACAAAAUGAUGAGACUACUAUAUGAGACACACUGGACUUAUUUUGGGGGUUCUCUUAAUUCCUCUUUUUAGACAAACCUUACUCCCUUCAUUCCAGGUUUUCUGAACUUAUCCCCAAACUUUUGUCUCCCAUUUGUUUGGAAAACUGAUUGAUCCAUCAUCAUUCCUGAGAACACAGAUCCAUGAAGAAAAUGGACCAACCACAGCCUCUCCUACCAUUUUUGGAAAGGAAAAGAUGAGACAUACCUUUAAUUGGACAGACUGAGAGAAACAGUCCAAUUAUGUGCUUUGAUCUUCAGGACUAGACUCUUUCUGAUUGGUCCUGACCACAUGGAUGCGGUUUUAUACUAAGGAAAAAAAGACACAACCUCAUUCGCUGAAUGUUGGAUCGGCCAAUCAGAGGAGGUCCAAAUGGGAAAUGAAAAAGGAUUAAAGUAUAUAAAACCAUGACUAAAAAACACUGAA